AUGGGUCUCUGGCGUCUGCAGCUUCGUCUGCCAGAAGACUACCCGGCCAGCCCGCCAAAGGCCUUUUUCAGGACCCGGAUAUGGCAUCCUAAUGUUGAGGAGUCGACAGGCGCAGUCUGCGUGGACACACUAAAGAGGGACUGGGAUUCGAAACUUACGCUGAAAGAUGUCCUUGUUACAAUAUCGUGUCUCUUGAUACAUCCUAACCCGGACUCGGCAUUGAAUUCCACUGCCGGGGCGUUGCUGCAGGAUAAUUACGAGUCGUUUGCACGACAGGCAAAGUUGAUGACAUCCAUACACGCGCCUAUACCAGAAGACAUGAGAGACUCUGUGAACGAGGCAAGACGAGGAGCCGAUGAAGCUGAGCAGGCGAGUGGCGAACAAAAAGGCUCAGAUACGGGCCUAUCUAAAGGACUGCCAUCAUCCACAGUCACCAUGAAACGAAAACAGCCAGCUCCAGGACCAGAAGAAGGCUCAAACAUGUAUCCCACAUCAACACAAGAACAAUAUCCCCUCCCCGCAGACCCAGACUCAGACUCGGAUGCAGAAUCCGAUGCAGAAAAUUCCGCAUCAAAAGAGAACGAUCCCACCCUCUCCAGUUCCCCAGUAAUAAUACCCGCCCGCAGCCCACGUAGCGUUCUCGGAAAACGCCCCUUAUCCGUUCUCUCCGCGCCAGAAGAACCAGACCUAGUCUUGAUAAACGACUCCUCUGACGAUGAAGACGGAGACCACCACUCUGAAUUCAGCGGCAUGACAGCUUCAGAAAAGAACGUUGCAGCCAACGUCUCCAGUCCCGCUACGGUCGUGGCCAGAAAUAGAUCCAAUUCAACACACUUCAUUCCAUCAUUGAAUGAUCAAUCAUUAUUACUGCAGCUGCGACGAAAGGCGCCUAAGUUAUCUGAUUCGGGAGCUAAGAGGUCAUGCAUCAAUGUAGCUCCCGUCAGCAUAUUUACUAAGUCGGCGGAUAAGAAGAGAGUGCCGGAGGGUAUUGUGGUUAAACCACUCAGUCCGAUUAUGAGUGCAACUACCUCGAUGACAGCAACGGCCACGAUGAAGGAUGAAAGCUCGCUGCUACCGAGUCUGAAGCAGGCGUCUAGCGGAAGCAACAAGAUCGCGCCACAGCCGUCCUCGGUAGCGGUAGAGGGAGAGGUGUCUCGAUCUAUGGCGCCUGCUUUAACGAAGAGGCCUGCCUUGAGCAACCUGACGGUGAGACCAAAGCCUCGAACUGGGCUAAGGCGGCUGUGA